AUGUUAACUACCCCGGAAUGGUUCCGAUUAUACUACGCCCUAGAAUAUCAGUUCAAAACCUCCAACAACGAAGUUGAGUAUGAAGCCGUCCUUGGUGGGCUACGAUUAGUCAAAGCUCUGGGAGCUAGAAGACUCCGCAUCUGGAUUGAUUCACGACUAGUGGUCAGCCAAGUGAAGGGAUCAUAUGAAACUAAAAGGGAGAGAAUGCAGCAGUAUAAAGAGACGACUGAGGAACUUCUGAAGGGUUUCCAAGCUUAUGAGAUUGACCAUAGAGGAAGCAGCGACAAGGAAGAAGUUCCCCCUGAAGCUCACAUAUUGGCCGACCUAAUCCGGUACAAGGAAAAGGUCGAGCUACCUGAUGACCCGGUAGAAGCGGCUAGAAUCAAAAGAAUGGCUCCAUCCUAUGUGAUGCAGGAUGGACGAUUGUACAAGAGGUCUUUCAGGGGGCCCUAUUCCUAUCCCUUUGCCGAGUUCUGUAAGCAGUUUGGGAUCCGACAUACUAAGGUGUCCAUCGCCUAUCCUCAGGCAAAUGGACAAGUAGAGAACGUCAAUCGCACCAUAGUAGAUGGAAUACAGAAGAAGUUGAGUGAUCUUCAAGGAAAUUUGGUGAGCGAGUUGGAACGAGUGCUUUGGGUAUAUCGCACGAGUCCGAGGAAAGCAACCGGGGAAACCCCUUUUUCCUUAACGUACAGCUUCGAGGCUAAGGUGCCGCUCGAGGUACUCGAGCCUAGUGACUGA